AUGGCGGAGGCGGCGCUGCUGCUGCUGUCUGAGGCGGCGGCUGAGCGGGACGCUCGGGAGAAGCUGGCCCUGUGGGAUCGGAGACCGGACACGACGGCGCCGCUGACCGACAGGCAGACGGACUCGGUGCUGGAGCUGAAGGCGGCGGCAGAGAACCUGCCAAUGCCGGCCGAGCUCCCAGUUGAAGACUCGUGCAGUUUACCCCCUCAGUUGCUGCCUGCUGAACUGAAUUCAAUAGUGCCUGAAUCUACAGAAGACAUUCUCUUGAAGGGUUUUACUUCCUUAGGAAUGGAAGAAGAAAGAAUUGAAACCGCACAGCAGGUGAAUUGCAGUAUCUUUUCUAAGCAUGUUUGAUUAUUUUAGAUGUCUCAAGACAAGGCUAAUAAAAACGGUUCUAAUUAGAAACAGAUGAGGGAUUACUUGUCUGGGUUUCAGGAGCAGUGUGAUGCUAUAUUGAAUGAUGUAAACAGUGCUCUUCAGCAUCUGGAGUCAUUGCAGAAACAGUAUCUUUUUGUGUCCAAUAAGACAGGAACGCUACAUGAAGCCUGUGAACAGCUCCUAAAAGAACAGUCGGAACUUGUCGAUCUGGCUGAAAACAUUCAACAAAAGCUUUCGUAUUUUAAUGAAUUGGAAACUAUUAACACAAAAUUGAAUUCCCCUACAUUGUCUGUGAAUAGUGAAGGAUUUAUACCUAUGCUGGCCAAGUUAGAUGAUUGUAUAACAUAUAUCUCAUCUCAUCCUAAUUUUAAAGAUUAUCCUGUAUAUUUGCUGAAAUUUAAACAAUGUCUUUCUAAAGCUUUGCACCUCAUGAAGAUAUAUAUUGUGAAUACACUACAGACUCUUACAAAUCAGUUACUAAAAAGGGAUCCUUCAUCUGUACCUAAUGCAGAUAAUGCCUUCACACUAUUUUAUGUGAAAUUUCGAGCUGCUGCCCCCAAAGUCAGAACUCUUAUUGAACAAAUAGAACAACGAUCUGAAAAAAUGCCUGAAUACCAGCAACUGCUAAAUGAUAUCCACCAGUGUUAUCUUGAUCAGCGGGAGCUCCUUUUGGGACCUAGUAUUGCUUGUACUGUCACAGAAUUAACCAGCCAAAAUAACAGAGAUCAUUGUGCCUUGGUUCGCAGUGGCUGUGCCUUUAUGGUCCAUGUAUGCCAGGAUGAGCACCAACUCUACAAUGAAUUUUUCACAAAACCGACAUCAAAAUUAGAUGUCCAGACUGAUAAAUGUAAGAUACCUUCAGAAGCUUCCUUUUCAGAUGUUCAGUUAGAAGAAGGAGAGUCUAACAGUCUGACAAAAUCUGGUUCAACAGAAUCCCUCAAUCCUAGACCGCAUACCACAAUUUCUCCGGCAGAUCUUCAUGGAAUGUGGUAUCCUACAGUUCGAAGAACUCUCGUCUGUCUCUCCAAAUUAUACAGAUGCAUAGAUAGGGCAGUGUUCCAAGGAUUAUCACAGGAAGCAUUGUCUGCCUGCAUUCAGUCCUUACUCGGAGCAUCAGAAUCUAUCAGCAAAAGAAAGACUCAGAUCGAUGGACAACUUUUCUUAAUUAAGCACCUUUUGAUUCUUCGAGAACAAAUUGCUCCAUUUCACACUGAAUUCACCAUUAAGGAAAUUUCCCUGGACCUCAAGAAAACUAGAGAUGCAGCAUUUAAAAUCCUGAACCCUAUGACUGUUCCAAGAUUUUUUAGGCUGAAUAGCAACAAUGCCUUGAUAGAGUUCUUGUUGGAGGGUACUCCUGAGAUAAGAGAACAUUAUCUUGACUCUAAAAAAGACGUAGACCGUCAUCUGAAGUCGGCCUGUGAGCAGUUUAUUCAGCAGCAGACCAAGCUGUUUGUAGAACAGCUGGAGGAGUUCAUGACAAAGGUUUCGGCAUUAAAAACAAUGGCCAGUCAGGGAGGCCCCAAAUAUACUCUCUCACAGCAGCCUUGGGCACAACCAGCAAAGGUUAGUGACCUUGUGGCAACUGCCUAUAAGACAAUAAAAACAAAGCUGCCUGAGACAUUGAGAAGUAUGUCCUUGUACCUCUCCAAUCAAGACACCGAGUUCAUCUUGUUUAAACCUGUUAGGAAUAAUAUUCAGCAAGUCUUCCAGAAGUUGCAUGUUCUGUUAAAGGAAGAGUUCAGCCCUACUGACAUCCAGGUCAUUUCUUGUCCUUCUAUGGAACAGCUGAGCCUUGUGCUGUUGGUUUCUAAGUAAGCAGGCCAGUCGGGCUGUGCGCAUACAUGGUCUGUCUGGGAGGAGAGGGCUGAAAAGUCUUGCAGCCUGCAGGACACCGAGGAAUGUGGGAAUGUCCCCGAUAACCACACGAGCAUGCUGCUCAGUGCUGACUGCGGAAUGAAAUACGGGCAGAGCGUUAAGAGAUCGGUGUUUCCCUUUAACGAGCAUCAAAAUGCCAAAGAUUAAUCUGUGAGUGGUGAUAACUGCCUCAUUUAUUUAAAUGGUCACAAGAAAUGUAAAUUUUUAAGAGAUAGCUGUGGCAGCACACAGUGAAAUUGUUCCUUGCUAAAGAUGUGCAAUGAAAAUAGGUUACAAUAAGUAGUGCAAAGAACUUUACAGAGAUACAGCUAAUUAGAAAGCUUCUAAGAGUAAGGUUUGCUAAAAUGUGAAACACUGUAACACUUUUAACCACUGAGCAUUCCACAGUGACUAUAUUUUUUAUUCCCAGAAAUACAAUUUCUACACUCCAUUUAGUGUGUAGUGUUUCUCCUAUCAUUUUGAAGUUUAGUUUGGAAUACAUUGGUUGCUUCUGAGAACAGAUUCUGCUUUUCUGGGAACUCAGGGUGUUAUCUUUCUCUCUGUUUGAUGUGAAGUAGUUUAAAGAUGCAAGGACCUGCUGCAAGACUCCAGUGUCUGCACUCCCUGAGCUGCUGAGGUACAGGACGUUCCGAAGUGGGGCUCGGGUUUCCUCAUGGCAGAUAUGUGCAGUAUCUUUAAUGAGGAUCUUCAUGGUACAAUAGUCAGUGUUUGUGAGUGCAGAGUACCAAUUACGUGUCUUAAAUCUGGCACAUAAAGGAGAGAAGGAAACCUGAAGAAUAGUGUGUCUCAUGAAUUAAAAUAAGGGUUACCGGCCUCUGUACACUGCCUUUGGUCUUAGCGGUUCUUUGAAAAGCAAACGCUUUCAUGUCCUGUCUGUGCAUUCAGCUGGCGGUGAUGCGUUCCAGCCUUGUGGGUCUCCAGCCCUGCUACCGCAGAAUACAUUUUACCAACAAACACUGCCCACACCAUAGAACUACCACACCAUGUCAUAUCAGGGAUCAUAAAAUAAAUUAUGUACAUCUAUGAAUUUUCCCACAAAUUCCUAUUUCCUGAUUGGAUUGGUUUUGCCUCCAGUGUCAUAGUAAAUGUAGCCUGCUUAUUGGUUCAGAAAGAAUUCCGAGUUAUUGAAACACUAGUCUGAAGGUGGGACGCUGCAGAGGCUUCUUGAAUGGGACCAGCAGACCCUGUGGUGCAGUUGGUGCCUGUAACUCGUUAGCCAUGACUGAGGCAGCACUUUUCCGCAGGUGCAGGUGCGUCAGGUGUCCUGAUUCCUCUUACGUGUUAACAGGUCACUUGUUUUUUAUUCGGUUUAAAUUGGUGAUGGACGUUGCUUGAUAGAGCUUAUUACUCUAUAUUUGGGGAAGGUAGCAGGUAAGAGGGUCCAUAUUCUUUCUUUGCCAUGAAAUGAAUAAAUUAGGAAGAUUGUAUUUACUUUCACGUCACUGUUUUUAAAUACACGUUUAAUGAAAUAAACUGUAAAAUAUCCAGUUUUUUGUAUUAUAUGUACAUUUGAUUUUUUAGUAGCCUUUCCAAAGAAAUGAGGGCAUGAUUAUUGUACAAUGAAUACUGUGACUGAUUUAAUUUGAUGUACAGAGAAGAGUGUGUUCUUAAGGAUAAAAAUAUUUAACGGCACUCAUCUUGUGUUUUGAUCUUUUAUUUCUUGAAACAAACACUUUACAAAGUGCUGAGUAGGUGAUAGUGACCCAACUUGUUUGCUAAAUGAAUAUUUGUUUAAAUCUGUACAGUUUCGAGUGUUUACUUAUACAAAGAGUGUACAUACUUUCAAAUAAUUAAUUUAAAGUGCUUUAUAUUAUUUGGCUAGAAAUUGCUGUUUUUAAUAAAUGUGAAUUUUUUAAAAAUAAAGAUUUUUGCUUCCUA